AUGGAUUUUUGGGGACCCACACCACAAUAUUCCACAUACGGUAACAAAUACGUCUUGGCCAUCACCGAUUAUUACACCAAGUACGUAGUCGCUCAUCCACUUCCAGACACCACGGCAGCUACAACAGCACAAUGUUUCGUCGAGCAAUUUGUAUUUAAAUACGGCGUACCACGACGGCUGAUCACUGAUCAAGGCACCAAGUUCAAAAGCGAGCUAAUGAACAAUAUCACUAUGUUAUUGGAUACGAAUCACAUCAAAUGAACAUCAUAUCAUCUAAUGACAAAUGAUCUCAUUGAACGAUUCAACGCAAUAUUUCAUCCGCAAAUCCUUAAAUUAUCAAAGUUAUACGAUAAAAACUUGAACAAUUGGAAUGAUUAUUUGCCCGCGGUAAUCUAUGCCUACAAUACGGGUGAACAACGAAGUACUGGAUACUCUCCAUUUCAACUGAUGUUUGCCCGUCGGUCGGUGUUACCACUUGAUCACACAACAACAUUCACAUUUAGCCGACCUAAUGAUUCUUGGGCACACCUGGUCAAAUGCACACUUAUAACCA